AUGGCCGGUUUCCUGCGAUGCCCGGAACCCAGGCAAUUCGUGCUGCAUCGAUGGGACAUGCUACCUCUCUCGGUAUCAACGUGGCGGCUCGACCAUCUUCUCCGAAAAGGCCGGUCGGGUGGGCGGCGAGCAGGUCAGGCGGCCCGCCAGAGUUCCGCCAAUGCCGCAGGGCGCACGUCUGCUGCUGCUGGCGCAGGCCAGCAGUUCCGCCACGCUGCAGGGAGCAACACCGCCGCUGCUGCAUCUGGCGGGCUGCUUGGCGAGACCGCUGGGCGCUCGUUUGCUGCUGCUGGCGCAGGCCAGCAGUUCCGUCACGCUGCAGGCAGCAACACCGCCGCUGCUGCAUCUGGCGGGCUGCUUGGCGAGACCGCUGGGCUGACGUCUGCUGCUGCUGGCACAGGUCAGCAGUUCCGCCACGCUGCAGGGACGACCUCGGCCUACACUGCACCGGGCGGUCAGCUGCGCCAGGCCGCUGGGAGCAGCUCUCCUGACCCUCCAUCUGGCGGUUUGUUCCGCCAGCCUGCGGGUCUGACCUCCGGCGAUCCUGCACCUGGUGGUUCGUUGGGGCAAACCGCAUUGAACAGCUCUCCUGAUCCUGCACCAGGCGGUCCGUUUAGCCAGGCCGCUGGGAGGAGCUCUCCUGACCCUGCAUCAGGUUGUCGGUCGGGGCACGAGGAUGGGAGGAGAUCCGCUGACCCUUCAGCUGGGGGCCAACUAGGACAAGUGGCUGGGUGGAGCUCUGCGAACACUCCUACUGGCGCUCAUUUGGUCCAGACCGCCGAAAGACCUACAGCCGACCAUGCUCCUGACGAGAUGCGCACGAUAGCUGCUGGGCACACCUCCACUGAGACCCAUGACGGCAGCAUGUUCCUGCCGUCAUGCGAACCGGUUCCGAACGCCCCUUUCUGCCCGUCUGCUGGCAUGACCUCUGCCGACCCUGCUGUUGAUGGCGUGUUAGGCCAGGCUGCUUGGAGGACCGACGCCAAUCCUGCUGCUGGCGUGCUGCUAAGGCCAACCGCGAGGCGCAUCCCCGACGACACCAACACUAACGGCGUGUUCUCCCCGCCUGGAGGCGCCGAGCUUGGCGGCCACUUUGGCGAGGCCAAUGGGAGGACCUGGACCAACUCUGGAGCAGACGAGCCGCUCAUCCCGAACGCUGGUGGAACCGAGGCCGGUGAUGCUGUGGGCGGUCAGACACGAGAUGCGUAUGGGCGGGCCACUACACACGCUGCUGAUCAUGAACUACACGGGCAUGUGGCAGAACCGACCUCUGAUGUUGAAGAGGCGCGUGCCGCACAUCGUGCUCUCCAGCGUGAGAACCAGCGGCUGUUGAAUGAGCUUGAAGAGCUUAGGCGUUCGCUUUCUCGGUCAACGUCACCUGCUGAGACCUCUGGUGGUGCGGGCGAGCAGCAGGAACCGUCUCCAAACUCUGGGAAUGUCGCAGCUAAUGUGCAGCCAGGAAGGCAUCCCAUCGUACCGAUCAACGAUCGGCUGCUUGGGAGGGCCGUUGGGAACGCUCUCGCCCAGGGAACCGAGCAUGGCCUGCAACACUUGACCCCGGAGCAGGAGGUCCUCGCAUUCGACCUUGCUGCAGCGAUGAGGCGAGUCCCCGAGGUCAACAAAGGGCUUUAUGUGGCAAUGUUGGAUGCACUCACCGUUCUUUUCUGGGAUAUGCCGGAUGGUAGGAUGGACUUCUGGCCAUCUCGGAAGGUGCUGCUGGGAGCGCUUGCAACUGCUUUGAAGUACAAGACGGUUGGUCAGCGGACCGACCUGCUUCAUGUGUACCUUUUUGACCCGGUUCGACCAGUCCCACUGGUGCACAGCUGCAUAGUGCUCACAGGCAAUUCAAGGGAGGGUGCUGAAGACUCUGUUCUCAUCCCACCUUGUCUCAACUCCCACUUCCCUCCUCUCUCCCGUGUGCCUUCCCCAAAUCCUUGCUUCCUGCCGGCCUUUGAGCGCAUAGGGCGGGUGUGCCACGUGUACCUCACACCGUCUGACGUCUUCCUCCUGCACAACGUGCUCUCUGCUGAUGGCGUGCAGGCCAUCGCGCAGUUCCCCACUCAAGUCCUCGCUGUAAAUCUCGUCGUGCGGUUCCUCCUUCUCUUUCAGCACAUUCCAUUACUUUCCUUUGGACUCAUGUCUCGUUUCCUCACAUCGCCUUCGUCCUAUAUUGUCCUCACACACCUCCCUUCCUCUUCUCCUCCCGCCCUCCUUCACCCCCCUUUCCUCCCCCAGGACGAGCUGUUCGUCAGCAGUUUCGUACAGGCUCCGCCCUUCCUCCUGUCUCCCGUUCCUCAUUACUCCUCCUGUCUCCCGUUCCUCAUUACUCCUCCUGUCUCCCGUUCCUCAUUACUCCUCCUGUCUCCCGUUCCUCAUUACUCCUCUUGUCUCCCGUUCCUCAUUACUCCUCCUGUCUCCCGUUCCUCAUUACUCCUCCUGUCUCCCGUUCCUCAUUACUCCUCCUGUCUCCCGUUCCUCAUUACUCCUCCUGUCUCCCGUUCCUCAUUACUCCUCCUGUCUCCCGUUCCUCAUUACUCCUCCUGUCUCCCGUUCCUCAUUACUCCUCCUGUCUCCCGUUCCUCAUUACUCCUCCUGUCGCCCGUUCCUCAUUACUCCUCCUGUCUCCCGUUCCUCAUUACUCCUGUCUCCCGUUCCUCAUUACUCCUCCUGUCUCCCGUUCCUCAUUACUCCUCCUGUCUCCCGUUCCUCAUUACUCCUCCUGUCUCCCGUUCCUCAUUACUCCUCCUGUCUCCCGUUCCUCAUUACUCCUCCUGUCUCCCGUUCCUCAUUACUCCUCCUGUCUCCCGUUCCUCAUUACUCCUCCUGUCUCCCGUUCCUCAUUACUCCUCCUGUCUCCCGUUCCUCAUUACUCCUCCUGUCUCCCGUUCCUCAUUACUCCUCCUGUCUCCCGUUCCUCAUUACUCCUCCUGUCUCCCGUUCCUCAUUACUCCUCCUGUCUCCCGUUCCUCAUUACUCCUCCUGUCUCCCGUUCCUCAUUACUCCUCCUGUCUCCCGUUCCUCAUUACUCCUCCUGUCUCCCGUUCCUCAUUACUCCUCCUGUCUCCCGUUCCUCAUUACUCCUCCUGUCUCCCGUUCCUCAUUACUCCUCCUGUCUCCCGUUCCUCAUUACUCCUCCUGUCUCCCGUUCCUCAUUACUCCUCCUGUCUCCCGUUCCUCAUUACUCCUCCUGUCUCCCGUUCCUCAUUACUCCUCCUGUCUCCCGUUCCUCAUUACUCCUCCUGUCUCCCGUUCCUCAUUACUCCUCCUGUCUCCCGUUCCUCAUUACUCCUCCUGUCUCCCGUUCCUCAUUACUCCUCCUGUCUCCCGUUCCUCAUUACUCCUCCUGUCUCCCGUUCCUCAUUACUCCUCCUGUCUCCCGUUCCUCAUUACUCCUCCUGUCUCCCGUUCCUCAUUACUCCUCCUGUCUCCCGUUCCUCAUUACUCCUCCUGUCUCCCGUUCCUCAUUACUCCUCCUGUCUCCCGUUCCUCAUUACUCCUCCUGUCUCCCGUUCCUCAUUACUCCUCCUGUCUCCCGUUCCUCAUUACUCCUCCUGUCUCCCGUUCCUCAUUACUCCUCCUGUCUCCCGUUCCUCAUUACUCCUCCUGUCUCCCGUUCCUCAUUACUCCUCCUGUCGCCCGUUCCUCAUUACUCCUCCUGUCUCCCGUUCCUCAUUACUCCUCCUGUCUCCCGUUCCUCAUUACUCCUCCUGUCUCCCGUUCCUCAUUACUCCUCCUGUCUCCCGUUCCUCAUUACUCCUCCUGUCUCCCGUUCCUCAUUACUCCUCCUGUCGCCCGUUCCUCAUUACUCCUCCUGUCUCCCGUUCCUCAUUACUCCUCCUGUCUCCCGUUCCUCAUUACUCCUCCUGUCUCCCGUUCCUCAUUACUCCUCCUGUCUCCCGUUCCCCAUUACUCCUCCUGUCGUCCCCCCCCCCCCCCCCCCCGCCCUCCCCCCCCUCCCCCCUCCCCGCCCCCUCUUUCCCGCAGGCCGAGCUAUUCUCAGAGCAUCUCAUCAGCAGCGCCAGCGCCGACCGCAUUGCCUUCUCGCUCGACCUCUCGCUGCUCGCCCGCGCCCUGCGCUCCUCCCUCGCCACCGCUGCCACGCGCCACCAGCUGAAGCUCGUCAAGAAGAGCACCAACCCCACUGCGCCCGCGCUGCCCUUCCUGUCUCUUGAAGCCAAGGGCGAGCGCUCCAGCAUAGUGCAGGACAUCCCCAUCUCGACGCCGCUGCCGCGCUCGCAGCUGAUUGAGCUGCAGGCUGGGAUCGACCUCGUGCACUCGCUGCCUGAGACCCUGGUGUGGCUGCCAGACCUGCCGUGGCUGCGGAAGCUGGUGGAGCGCCUGCAGAGGAUAGGCGGCGUGAUCCCCCCCACCCCUUCAGACCCUGAUGCAGCGCAGCUGCCGGAUCUGCCCUCGCUGCGCCACCUGGUGGGGCGCGUGCAGAGUGUGGGUGUCGUGGCUUCAGGCGGGUCACAACAAUACACUAGUGCCCUGCCCUCAAAUCGCGACGUCCUCCCUGUUCUCUUCUCACUCACCUUGCCCCCUCCCCCACCAUGCCAUCAACCUUGGCAGACCUGGGUGCAACUGCCUGUCCCCCUGCGCCACCUGGUGGAGCGCCUGCAGAGUGUGGGCGAUGUGGCGAAGGAAACCGGCCCUUUCCCUUGCCCUCCCCACCCUCUUUUCUUCCAGACCCUGGUGCAAUUACCAGAUCUGCCGUUCCUGCGCCACCUGGUGGAGCGACUUCAGAGUGUGGGCGACUUACCAGAUCUUCCCUCGCUACGCCACCUCGUGGAGCGCCUGCAGAGUGUGGGCGACGUGGCUGACGUGGCAACGAUGAGGAGCGGUGCGCUUGCCAUGCGCACCCACACGCCCUCCAUCACUGUUGCCGCCCAGUUCAAGAACCUCAAAGUCUUGGGGGCUAAUUUAGCUUCUCGUCCCUCUCGUAUAUCCUCUGCAGUCCACACCGCGCCCUCAGUGAGUGUAAAUCACCCCCUUGUGCGGUGCCAUCUCAUCCCUCUGCCUUCCGUGCCAUAUCCCCCUCACCCCCAUCUCACCCUACUACCAUCCCUCUCACACAUCUAUCCCCCCGAGCAGUCAGUGAGUGUGAAGCAUCUCGCCCGCAGUCUGCAGUGCUACCUCACCCGCCCCGAUGCCUCCUACUGCGGGGUGGCACCCAACGAGGCGUGCCUGCUCAUGAUCUUCCAAUAUGCCGCUUCCCCAAUCAGCCUACAGUACCGCCUACCUCUUCUCGACCCGGGCUAG